CAGUGCGGGAUGCAAAAGGAACCGUCGCAGAAUCGCGGCAAGAGCUUGAUCGCCAUCCGAACGAAUCAGCACCAGCAGCGCAAGAUGCAAGGAUUCAAAAGCCAGCUACCGAGAAGCUUUUCGACUCCUCAAGACAACGAUUCGAGGGACAAGCAGAGCAAGAGCAAUGUUGCCCGAAGUCUUUCAUCCCCUGAAAAGGAAUUAUCCAAUCAGACCCAGUUCCUUCGAACUAGAUCUCAGGACUCCACGAGCGACUUGGAUUUUGAAAACUUUGAGCAAUUCGAAGAGUCGUUGCUCGAUAUAGAUGCGGACAAUAUCUCGUUAAACCAAUACAGACGUAGUCCAGACAUUGACGAACCUAAAAGAGUUCUGACAUCUCUUCUACCUGGGGCUGGUCUUCAUAGAAUCACCAUGAGGCCAAUUUCAUCUGGUCUAAUCGACGCGCAAUCAAGUAAACUAAUGAAGAACAAAAAAGCUGGACCGAGAGGGUCACGUUCGGGCCUAAACGUGCGUCCACUCUCGCUGAAGAUGCCAGUGCACCAAAUGCAUUUCUCUGAACCGGCAGCAGCUACCGACACUGAUGAACUUCAAACAUCUCCACAAUAUGAACUGGAGACACUGCAGUUGGAGAAAGAACUGACUGAGGCAGAACAGCAGCUGAAUAAGGGGGUAGCAAUCGCAAAAGAAGAAAGCGAUGCUGAAGCCGAUGUGGUACGUUCAGAAGAGUCUCUGAACUCGUCGGAAAAGCCAACCAAAAUAUCGCGAUGGAUACCAGAAUUCAAUCUGGAUGGCAACACCAGCUUAAAGCACAACGGCAGCGCCAAAGACCUGGCCUCCGUCAUGGACAACAUCAAGAAAAGCAGCCUCCUCUCCCGACAGAACCAGUCACUCAACACCCAAGUCACCACGUCAUCCAAACAACAGAUGGUUUCGAGCACGACUUCGAGCAGCGCUGCUUCGAGCCAGCGCGUGCAGUCCUCUUCACAAAGAGCCAGUUCAAUGAAAUCAGAUCUCACAGAGUUGAAAAGUUCCAUAUCCGAAAUGAAAACGCUCAGCAAUAGCGCAGCCAUGAACUUCGGACAGAGAUUAAGAAGCUCAAUGGAGAAUAUUGUGGAUCAAGACGACAUGAAGGAGAGGCACAUCCCCGACAUCCGGGACCUGAGCGACGGAAUGGGAGACAUGGAAGUUAUGAGUGACAUGAGUGACCUAACCGGUGAUGGACCGUUAGUGACGUUCCCGGAAUCGGACACUCCGCCUCCCGACAAACAGUGUUUACUAGCGAGCAACUCGGCAGCAGCAGUGGGGUCCAGUGCAGCGAACGAGUUGAAAUACAGUGCUUCCAGAAUGACCUCAGCGAGUUCCACGAGAGUAGUGACAGAUGGUUAUAGUGCUUCCAAAUCAGCGGCCAACAGUACGAGAAUGAGAAGACUGCAGCAUGGAGACAUGCAAUACGCCGAGCACAGCGCAGCCGGAGCAUCACACAGACUGUUGCAAGCGGAAGGCUUGACUGCAGAACAAAACGCCGCCUAUCAUCAAGAAAAGCGUUCUCUUCAAGCUGGGGAAGUAUCGGCACAAGAUUGCAACAACAUGUCCGCUUCGAGUUCGAGACUGCAAACUGAAGCAUUUAGUGCAGAGAAGAAGGCAAUGGCUUCGUCACAAGCAAGGCAAACAGUGACGUCUAGUGGAAUGUUUAGUCAUAAGGAGCAUUCCAGUGUGGCGCACUCGAAUAUGACUAUCUCUAGCAAAAACCUAACAACGAAAUCAACUCUACUAUCAUCUCAAAUGAGUCAACUAUUGAAUGGAAGUGUGAAACCGGGUGAUGAAGAUUUAACGAAUCUGACAUUUGAAGAUUUAGAUAAAUUAGACGCAAACUCGAAUCAAAAGGAUGUAGAAUCAGCUAUACAAAAAUAUUCCUAUAGAAUGAAUGCAUUUAUAUCUGCAGUAAAAAAUAAUCAAAUAGAUAUGAAGGAUGCUAGCGUGCAUUUUAAUAAAUUGAACGAUAUGAUAAAAAAAGCAUGGGCAGUACCAACUUAUGGACAUGAACUAGGUUAUUCAUUAUGUAAUACCCUUAGAACUUCAGGAGGCUUAGACAUACUAAUGGCAAACUGCUUAGACUCGUCUAAUCAAAAUUUACAAUUUUCCUCUGCAAAACUACUCGAACAAUGUUUGACGACUGAAAAUAGAGAACAUGUUGUACAAAACGGUCUAGAAAAGGUUGUAAAUGUCGCGUGUGUUUGCACGAGAAAUACACACUCAGCUGACCAUGCAAGAAUAGGUACUGGAAUAUUAGAACAUCUGUUCAAACAUAGCGAAGGCACCUGUAGUGAUGUGAUAAAAUUGGGUGGUUUGGACGCUGUAUUGUUCGAAUGUCGAAAGAACGACGUAGAAACAUUAAGGCAUUGUGCAGCUGCUCUCGCAAACGUUUCUCUCUACGGCGGUGCCGAAAACCAAGAAGCUAUGAUCAAGAGAAAAGUACCAAUGUGGCUGUUUCCGCUUGCGUUCCAUACAGAUGACAACAUUAAAUAUUACGCUUGUUUAGCCAUUGCUGUUUUGGUUGCGAAUAAAGAGAUCGAAGCAGCCGUAUUGAAAUCUGGUACUCUGGACUUGGUAGAACCAUUUGUAACUACACACAAUCCGUCCGAAUUUGCUAGGUCAAACUUAGCCCAUGCUCAUGGUCAAAGCAAAAACUGGCUGCAAAAGUUGGUACCAGUAUUGAGUUCAAAGAGGGAAGAAGCUAGAAACCUAGCCGCAUUUCAUUUCUGCAUGGAAGCUGGAAUUAAGAAGCAGCAAGGAAACACAGAAAUAUUUAGGGAAAUUGGAGCCAUAGAGUCAUUAAAAAAGGUGGCCAGUUGCCCAAACGCGGUAGCCUCAAAAUACGCAGCGCAAGCAUUGAGACUGAUCGGCGAGGAAGUCCCUCAUAAGCUGUCGCAACAAGUACCUCUCUGGUCCAUAGAAGAUGUAAGAGAAUGGGUUAAGCAGAUAGGAUUUUUAGAGUAUGCAAACAACUUUUACGAAAGCAGAGUCGACGGCGAUUUAUUGCUUCAAAUUACUGAAGAAAACCUCAAAGAUGAUAUUGGUUUGCAAAAUGGAAUCAAACGAAAAAGAUUCACAAGAGAACUUCAGCAGUUGAAGAAAAUGGCCGACUACAGUUCACGAGACACGGGAUGCUUAAACGAAUUCUUACAAAACAUAGGGCCGGAGUAUACUAUUUAUACAUAUUCAAUGUUGAAUGCAGGAGUCGACAAGGAAUCGAUAAGAAGACUUAGUGAUGAGCAGUUGGAAAAUGAGUGUAGAAUAGUAAAUAGUAUUCAUAGACUUCGAAUAUUAGACGCCAUUCAAGCAUACGAGACCACAAUACGUAGCAAAGGCGAGGAGAAUAUGGAAAAAAACUUAGACGUUUUCGUUAGUUAUAGAAGAUCGAAUGGAUCACAGCUCGCUAGUUUACUAAAAGUCCAUCUGCAGUUGAGAGGUUUCACAGUUUUCAUCGACGUCGAGAGACUAGAAGCGGGGAAAUUCGACAACAACCUACUUCAAAGCAUAAGACAGGCGAAGAACUUUUUACUGGUCCUUACACCAAACGCUUUGGACCGAUGUAAAGAUGACAAUGAGCAGAAAGACUGGGUUCAUCGGGAAAUUGUGGCUGCGUUACAGUCUCAGUGUAACAUAGUACCAAUUUACGAUAACUUCGAGUGGCCUGAGCCUGAACAGCUGCCUGAGGACAUGCGGGCGGUGUCCCACUUCAACGGUGUUAGGUGGAUCCACGACUACCAAGACGCGUGUGUGGAGAAGUUAGAAAGUUUCCUGCGAGGAAAAUCGAACCUGGCCACCCGUCUGGAAAGCCAGAUUCGGGGUCGCGACGUGCCCACACCCGGGACCGCGACCAUCGGUCGGGGACCACCCAACUACCAGCGCAUGCACUCCACCGAGAGCAGAGGCAGCGAUAAGGCCGAUUGACUAGAGGCCUUACACACCCUGCCGCCUGUAAGACCACGACGAAGUCGUCAGUCAUCAGUAGAAAAAGCUUUAACCACAAAUGCACACAGUGAAGCAAGCAGUAGCACAUCUCAAACGACCUCUCCAACCAAAACGCUUUAUAGUCUCCCCGAAAGACUAUCCGAGAGUAGCGAAAAUUUAGACUUUAAGGAAAUUCAGGAAUCUUCUAGACGCUGUCGCAGCUGCGAGGGGCUAUUGGACGCAGACGAGAAAACGCACACGCAUCUAGCCCUAUCCGCGCCACUAGAUGCUGCUACACAGACCAAGAGGAAGAAGAAUUUCAUGGACAGAUGUGUGAACAAAGUGCGAUUGUGCUAGCGACCGGUGCCUUGUGAGAAGUUUUGGCAGAGUGUGUAAUUGACUAUUCGGACUCGUUUCGUAUUGACUGUACGAAGUACAAAUGAGCACAUUGUGUAAAUAUUUCGUGUACGCUUCAAACACACGCUUGUGGUUUAACACCAUUGGUAUUUUGUAAUCUCAAGGAGUGCAUGUGAUUUUUACUAAAUUAGCCGCUACCCUCCCAUGUUUCAAGAACAUGGGGCUGAGGUGGCGGCGACCGACAGUUCGCUAUUCGUUAUAGUAUGGCAACUCGUUUGUAAUUUAUUUGCUGAAAUCUUAUUUGCAUAUCCUUCACUCUCUCUUUCACUCUCUAUAGAUGAUAAAAUGAAUUUAUUUCUAGCUCUUGCCAGUAAAGUAUUCGAUGUUCUAUAGAAUGAUUUUAAAUUAUUAUUUGCAAAUGUGAUAGCAUAGAUCUUUAUUGUAAAUCAAACUCGAAAUUUUAUUCUGUACCUUCGCCUUUUAUUUAUAAAAACCACUAUGAAGUCUCUUUAUGCCUAUUAAAUUAUUAUUUUUAGUUGUACAAAAUGUUAGCGUUUAAUCGACAUUUAUAUGAGUUAACCAUAGUUAUGAUAAUGUUACAUCAGACCAUGUCAUCAAUUUAUGUACAAACCUAACCAUGAAUAAAUGGUAUCAUGAAA